ACUUCUCUAUCUCUCUAUGUACAUAUAUCCCAGGGCUACUCUCCAUCUCCUUCACCUUCAUUCCACCAAAAUGAUGAUGAACUGCCUUCAGUGCUGGCCCGAACCUGUCAUCCGGGUUCAACAUCUCUCAGAAACCGGAUUAACCCGCAUUCCAGAACGCUACGUCAAGAAACCCUCCGACCGCCCACAUUUUCUCGACUCAAUCGACACUGAGGUUAACAUUAAUAUUCCGGUGAUCGACGUGCAGGAAUUACUCUCCGACGACAUGUCGCUCCGGCGAAAGACUGCCGCGCUUAUCAAGGAUGCUUGCCGUGAGUGGGGGUUCUUCCAGGUGGUGAACCACGGCGUGAGGCAGGAGCUGAUGGAACGCACCCGGGACGUCUGGCGCCAGUUCUUCGAGCUGCCAAUGGAGGAAAAGCAGAAGUACGCGAAUACUCCAAGAACGUAUGAGGGGUACGGAAGCCGAGUGGGGGUGGAGAAGGGGAUAAAGCUGGAUUGGUGCGAUUAUUUUUUCCUUCAUUAUCUUCCUUUGGGGAUGAGGGACCAGACUAAGUGGCCUAGCUUCCCACUUUCAUGCAGGGAAUUGGUAGGAGAGUACAGUAAAGAAGUGGUUAAAGUGGGUGAGAAAAUGAUGAAGAUAUUGUCAAGCAAUCUUGGGUUGGAAGAGGAGUAUCUUCAAGAAGCCUUCGGAGGAGAGGAGAUGAGUGCAUGCAUGAGAAUUAACUAUUACCCCAAAUGCCCACAACCGGAACUCACACUCGGUCUCUCCCCACAUUCCGACCCUGGUGGCCUCACCCUUCUCUUGCCCGAUGAAAAUGUUUCAGGCCUACAGGUCCGCCAUCGCCACCGUUGGCUCACUGUCACCCCUAUUCCUAAUGCUUUCAUCGUUAACUUAGGGGAUCAGCUCCAGGUGGUGAGCAAUGGAAAUUACAAAAGUGUGGAGCACAGAGUGAUUGUGAAUUCGGUGAAAGAGAGAGUGUCGCUGGCUUUGUUCUAUAAUCCGAAGGGCGACAUACUUAUGAAGCCGGCUGAGCAGCUGGUGACAAAGGACCAUCCGCCACUCUAUCCACCCAUGACAUUUGACGAAUACAGGCUGUACAUCAGGACCAGGGGCCCUUCCGGCAAGUCCCAAGUUGAUUCACUCCUCACAUUCCACCAAUAAUAUCAUUGCUAUGAGUCCUAAUUUCAUUUCUA